AUGGCGCCGUCGCCAUGGCUGAGCCUGGUAACUCCGUCCCUAGCGGCAUUGGCCGGGGUUGCGCUGGGCAUCUUCCUGGAACGCUCCCGCCGCGCGAAGGGAAGCCGCCAGUCCUCACGGGAUGUUGUGAACUCGGGCGAGGAGCUUCGCGUGGAGCGCGGGGAACUGGAGGCAGCUGUGGCUGCUUGCCUGGAGGCAGCCGGGGCCCCUAAGCCCAAAGCCAACCUGGUGGCCCGAGUCCUGGUGGCUGCAGAUUGUCGUGGCAUCCCAUCUCAUGGGGUCAACCGCACAGAGAUGUACUGUGGAGAACUGCGGGCAGGACUUAUCGACCCGGAUGCGAUGCCCCGCCUCUCUUCGGAGACGGUGAGCACUGCCAAUGUAGAUGGGCUGAACGGUUUGGGCGCUGUUGUCUCGGAAUUUGCCAUGCAACUCUGCAUACGCAAAGCAAAGGCUUCAGGCAUAGGCCUUGUGGUGUGCCACAACAGCAACCAUUUUGGAAUUGCAGGGUUCUGGUCCGAGCUUGCGUUGAAAGAAGGUCUGAUUGGGGGAACAAAUCCAAUCUCCUGCUACUGUCCUGGCACACGUGAUAGUUUUCAAUUGGAUAUGGCAACUUCAACAGUGCCAGUGGGGAAAAUUGAAGUUUGCCAUCGCAAGGAGCAGGAAAUUCCACCUGGCUGGGGCGUGGACAGAGCUGGGGCUCCAACAAACAACCCGACUGAGGUGCUUGCUGGUGGAGGCUUGACUCCCGUCGGGGGCCUUGAGGAAACUGCUGGGUACAAAGGCUAUGGCUUGAACAUGAUGGUUGAGAUCCUUUGUGCGGUUUUGAGCGGCUGCAAAGAUGUCGGUCCUGACGUUCCGCCCUGGAGAGUGGAUCGAGGCCGGCCUGUGGACUAUGGACACUGCUUCAUGUGCAUUGACCCAGAAAAAAUGUUACCAGAAGGUGAGUUUCAGGCGAAGCUCAGUGCUUAUUUGGCUCGGAUGCGCGGCCUCUCUGCAGCUGAUGCCGCACUGCCCGUGCUGGUCCCUGGUGACCCAGAGAACGCGGAAGAGCUGGCAGCCGAGAAGCAUGGGGUCCGACUCAACAUCCAGGUGGCGCACGGUCUGCGGAAGCUUUCUCAAGACUUGGCCUGCUUGCAGAAGAUGCCAGCACCGAUCCGGGACCUGCCACAGAACGUGAUGGCACCAAGGCAUCCUCACACCGUUUAG